AAAUCCAGUAUGGCGGAAUCUGUCAGAAGAUGAUUCUUCUCCUCGCGCUGCGAAACCUUUACUGAUGCACGAGGACUGAAGGCGUGAGACAUGUCGGAAGACCUGGUCCGCGCGCGGCCCGUCUAGGGGAGCACAGGCUGGACAACGACACAGCACACCCAGUGGAUUACCUCAAUGGACCGCUGAAUGGGAUUGGCCAGCCGCUGGACAUCGGCUUCCUGUUAUAAACCACCGGGAGGGAUUCUUCAUCCUUGAGGGCCUGUCCCACACAGCUGAGGACCUGUGUGUGUGUGGUGUGUGGUGUGUGUCCAGAAGGAACAAAUACACUAAACUUAACAAACACUUAGCAAACACACACGUUUAUCCACACACACACACACACACACACACACACACACACACACACACACACAUAGAAGCAGGCACCAAGUCCACUCCAAUCAUCAGUGCAACUCAAAAAUUCACGCGAUUAUUCUUAUCACACACACACACACACACACACACACACACACACACACACACACACACACACACACACACACACACACACACACACACACACACACACACACACACACACACACACACACACACAUCCUGUACAGCUGAACGACCCUGGAUAGGCCCCGCCCCCCUCACACCCCUCCUCUCGACGGUGGACCCCUAGGUGUCAGCCAUGACUUCUCACACUCAUCAUUCAGAGGGCCUCAUGGCCACGGAGCACCAGCCUCUGGACGCCCUGAAGACCUCCGCACUCAACCACAUCCCUACAGUGGACAUCAACUCCGCCCUUCCGCUGCGUCUCCCUCCGGCUGCCAUCCCCAUGGACCUCCGGGUGGACCAACAGCACCACCACCACCAACACCAUCCACACCAGCAGCUGUCUCCCAUGUCCCCCCUGGGCCAGCAGGGCCCCCUGGGCCCCGGGGCCCCGAGCGGGGGCUCCAGCCCCGGGCGGGAGCAGCAGCUGCAGCAGGAGCUGCUGACCCUGAAGCAGAAGCAGCAGAUCCAGAGGCAGAUCCUCAUCGCCGAGUUCCAGCGGCAGCACGAGCAGCUGUCCCGCCAGCACGAGGCCCAGCUCCAGGAGCACAUCAAGCAGCAGCAGGAGCUGCUGGCCUUAAAGCACCAGCAGGAGCUGCUGGAGCACCAGAGGAAGAUGGAGAGCCACCGGAUGGAGCAGGAGAUGGAGAAGCAGCAGCGGGAGCAGAAGCUGCUGCUGCUGAAGAACAAGGAGCGGGGACAAGAGAGUGCGGUGGCAAGCACAGAGGUGAAGAUGCGUCUGCAGGAGUUCGUCCUGAACAAGAAGAAAGCACUGGCCCAGCGCAGCAUCAACCAGGGAGGAAUCCCCAACGACGCCCCCUACUGGUACCGGAAAACCCAGCACAGUUCUCUGGACCAGAGCUCGCCCCCCCAGACGGGCCUGUCCCCCUACAACCACCCCGUCCUGGGGGUGUACAACCCCCGAGACGACUUCCCCCUGCGCAAGACCGCGUCGGAGCCCAACCUGAAGCUGCGCUCCAGGCUGAAGCAGAAGGUGAGUGAGAGGCGGAGCAGCCCACUCCUACGGCGCCGCGACAGCCCCAUCACCGCCGCCAAGAAACGCUCGCUGGAUAUGGCAGACUCUGUUUGUAGCAGUGCUCCCGGCUCUGGCCCCAGCUCCCCGAACAACAACAGCUCCUCUAAUAUCCCCAACGAGAACGGCAUCGCAGUGUGCUCCAGCGUCGAGGUGUCCUUGGCCCAGCGGCUGAGCAGCAGCAGUGCGGACGGGGGCUCCCUCAGCCAGCUGUCCCUAUACUGCUCCCCCUCCCUGCCCAACAUCACCCUGGGCCUGCCCGCCACCGCCACGCCCAGCCCUGCCGCCAACGUGACCUCGUCUCCGCAGGACGGUGGUGGUCUGCAGCCGGCGCUGUCCCUGAGCCCCCCCUUCCUGUCCGGUGCCCACCUGACCCCCUACAUGACGGAGGCCGGCUCCGGGGCCCACAGUCCCCUGCUGCAGCACAUGGUCCUAAUGGAGCAGGGUCCCCCCCAGAGCCCCCUGCUGACAGGCCUCUCCAUCCCAUCGGCGGCGGCCUCGAUGUCUAAGCUCCAGCGGCAGCACCGGCCCCUGGGGCGGACCCAGUCGGCGCCCCUGCCCCAGGGCAGCGGGGCCCCUUCCAACCACGCCCCCAGCCACGCCCAGGUGCUGGCCCUGCAGCAGCUGGUGGUGCAACAGCAGCACCAGCAGUUCCUGGAGAAACAUAAGCAGCAAUUCCAGCACCAGCAACUCCACCUCAACAAGAUGAUGGGUAAGCCGUGCGAGGCGGGCGUGGUCCGGCAGCACCAGAGCCACCCAGAGGAGACGGAGGAGGAGCUGAGGGAGCAGCAGGACACCGAGGGGGGAGCCCUCCCCGCCGGGGUCAGCGUCAAACAGGAGCCCCCCGACCCCCAGGAGCUCUUGGAGGAGGGGCCCUGGGACAUGGAGAGGCAGUCGGACCAUGAGCUGCUCUUCAGACAGCAGGCCCUCCUAUUGGAGCAGCAGAGGAUUCACCAGCUGAGGAACUACCAGGCGUCCAUGGAGGCUGCCGGCCUGUCAAUCACCUUCCCCGGGCACCGCCCCCUCUCCCGCGCCCAAUCAUCUCCUGCCUCCGCCCCCUCCUUCCCCCUCAGUGUCGCGCCCCCGGACCCGCCCGCCAAAACUCACUUCACUACAGGCCUGGUGUACGACUCCCUGAUGCAGAAGCACCAAUGCAUGUGUGGGAACACCAACAGCCACCCGGAGCACGCCGGGCGCAUCCAGAGCAUCUGGUCGCGACUGCAGGAGACGGGGCUGCGGGCGCAGUGUGAGUGCAUCAGGGGGAGGAAGGCGACUCUGGAGGAGCUGCAGACAGUCCACUCAGAGGCCCACGUCCUGCUGUACGGAACCAACCCCCUGAGACAGAAGAUAGACUGCUCUGUCACGCCCAUGUUCGUCAGGCUGCCCUGCGGAGGAGUGGGGGUGGACAGUGACACCAUAUGGAAUGAGGUGCACUCAUCCAGCGCGGCACGGCUAGCGGUCGGCUCUGUGGUGGAACUGGUGCUGAAGGUGGCCACCGGGGAGCUGAAGAACGGCUUCGCCGUUGUCCGACCUCCCGGACAUCACGCCGAAGAGAGCACUCCCAUGGGAUUCUGUUAUUUCAACUCAGUGGCGAUCGCUGCAAGGCUGCUGCAGCAGCGACUCAGCGUCAACAGAAUCCUCAUCGUGGACUGGGACGUUCACCAUGGCAACGGCACCCAGCAGGCAUUCUACGAUGACCCCAACGUCCUCUACCUGUCCAUCCAUCGCUAUGACGACGGGAACUUCUUCCCCGGCAGCGGAGCACCCGAUGAGGUGGGCAGUGGUGCAGGGGUGGGUUUCAACGUCAACGUAGCAUUUACCGGGGGUCUGGACCCCCCCAUGGGAGACGCAGAGUACCUGGCUGCCUUCAGAACGGUGGUGAUGCCCAUCGCCAGUGAGUUCUCCCCCGAUGUGGUGCUCAUCUCGUCGGGCUUCGACGCUGUGGAGGGACAUCCCCCUCCGCUGGGGGGCUACAUGCUCACCUCCAAAUGUUUCGGUCACCUGACCCGUCAGCUGAUGACCCUCGCCGGGGGGAGGGUGGUUCUGGCGUUGGAGGGGGGUCACGACCUCACCGCAAUCUGUGACGCUUCGGAGGCUUGUGUGGCUGCCCUGCUGGGCCAGGAGCUGGAUCCGCUGCCCAAGGCGGUCCUGGAGCAGCGGCCCAACCCCAACGCCGUCCGAUCCCUGGGGAAGGUCAUCGAGAUGCACAGUAAGUACUGGCGUGCUGUGCAGCGGUCUGCAACCAGGCUGGGUCUCUCCCUGCUGGAGGCCAAGCGAGGCGACUCGGAGGAGGCAGAGACCGUCCACGCCAUGGCCUCGCUCUCCGUUGCCAAUAGCAACGCUAUGGAGCACAGGCAACAGGAGGAACCAAUGGAAGAGGGGGAACCACUGUAGCAGAGGGGAGCCAUCUCUGUGUUACAUCGCCCUCAUCGGUCGCUCUGGAGAAACGCCUCCUUCGAUUUUUUCGAAAGAGCCUCGACCGUUACCUUCAUUUAGCGCCUAUAAGCCUCGCCCGCCACAUCAGUCACCUCGAUGGGCGGCCCCUCUAACCAAUGAGAGGGCAUGGGCGGGCUCAGCCUCACGAGUAGGGAGCCAAUCAGAAGAUGGCAGACUCAAAAUCGAUAAAAGGAAACAAAAAAAUACAUCCUGAAGCUUGCGUGUGUUGCUUAGCAACACUUGCUUGGUCACACACAUUUUGUGCCAGUCUUAGCAACCCCCCCCC